UCACAGUCCAUUGUAAGCAAUCAGGCAAAUAGAAGCUUGCAGUCUUGCAGUGUGCAGGCACUUCUUUUCAGAGGGCAGAGAGCGAUGCUGAGUCUACUGACAGGCGAGCCAGCAGACCAACAAGAACAUAUUCUUGUAGAACUAACAGAUGGUAACACCACUAGUGGGUCUGCUGAAGUCCACUUUGAAUCUCUGGGACCUGACUCUACUUGUAUCCUCAUCUACUGCUUACAGUGAAGACCUGCAGAUGCACUCGACCACAGGUUUACUUCUCGACCCUGCAUCUGUCUCAACUAUCACUCCAAAGCUGCAGGAAGAGGAUCCACAUGUUUUACUGACAGACUUACUGGUGGUUUGAGUUUUAGCCUCAGGUGGACUGGGAGGUUUAUUUUCUUUGAUGUCGUGUGGUGUCUUCAGAACCAGCAUGUUUCCUAUUGUUGUGGCAUGUGUGGGAUUUGUCCUGCUAGGCUCAGGAGAUGCUCAAGUUGCUUCAGAGACUCAGGGACAGAGCCAGGGUCAGGACCAGACCCAGGGGCAGGACAACUCUGCCGCUCCGUGGAGGCAGGUAAUUCGAUGGGAGAACAAUGGCCGACUAUUUAGCUUGCUUAACAGUGGAGCUGAAUAUGUCCCUGCUCGGGGAGGUGCCCAGGAGAGAGGACCCAGGGUGGUUGUUGCAGAUUCUCUUCCACGUUCAUCUGGCAGACGUCCGGGAGGUAAUGUCCGCCGCCAGGCUCCCCCAAGAGGAUCCUCUGAGACUGUCCGUGGUCAGGCAAGGCAUCCCUUUGGCUUUGGGCAAGUACCUGAUAAUUGGAGACGAACUGCAGGGAGUGCCGGUGGUACCCAGUUCCAGGGAUCAUCUGCCACUCAGUUCAGGCCAUCCACAGGCUCUUCAUCAUCAUCUUCAUCCUCAUCAUCGUCAUCGACUUUCUCUUCAUCCCCAUAUAAUGUACCAUCCUUUCCACAGUAUCCUUAUCCUCAAGAGCCUCCAUUCCAACCAGUACCUUAUGACCCUGGAUUUAUGGAAGGCCCAGUGAGGAGCUUUGAGCCUCCCUUUCAGCCUGUUGGUGGUGGAGUAUAUGGCGGUGGAGGGUAUGGUGCUGGUCAGACUUAUACUGGAGUGGGGUAUGGAGGUGGUCUGGCUCCAGUGCUCCCAGGGUCCCCCUCUGAUUUUACUGAUGAGAGCUACCGUUACUACCAGCCCUACAAUGUUAAUCCGAAUCCUAAUCCUAAUCCUGCAGUGCCUGCACGUGCUGCCCAGCCACCAUUUGCAAGUGGACUGGACCACAGAUACACCCACAGUCUAUACAAUGAAGAAAAUGCUCCAGCCGUCCCUGUCCCAAGUGUCAACCAGGCAACAUCCAUGAUUACGGACAGGACAGGAGCAGCUGGGCAAAUACCAAUCAGGAGCCCUCAGUACGAGCAGUUUCCUCCAUUUGGAAGACCCCAACCUCGUGCCCAGCAGCCCAUUAUUCCAGGCAGAAAUUCUCCAAACUCUGCCUUAGAGAACGCCGGUAUGACUGUUGGAAGUGUGUAUCAGCCAGAACAACAGAGAGGUUUGCCUGACCUUGUUCCUGAUCCCAAUUAUGUCCAGGCUUCCACAUACAUCCAGAGAGCUCACAUGUAUUCUCUUCGAUGUGCUGCAGAGGAGAAAUGUCUGUCAAGCUCUGCCUAUGGCCCUGAGACCACCGACUACGAUGUGAGGGUCUUGCUGCGAUUCCCACAGAGGGUGAAGAACAAGGGCACUGCCAGCUUCAUGCCUAACAGGCCACAUAAUACCUGGGAGUGGCAUAGCUGUCAUCAGCACUACCACAGCAUGGAUGAGUUCAGCCAUUAUGAUUUACUGGAGGUCAGCACUGGCCGCAAAGUGGCAGAGGGUCACAAGGCCAGCUUCUGCCUGGAGGACACUACCUGUGACUUUGGUCACCUGAAGCGCUUUGCCUGCACCUCUCAUACUCAGGGUCUGAGUCCAGGCUGCUACGAUACGUACAAUGCUGACAUCGACUGCCAGUGGAUCGAUAUCACUGACAUCAAACCUGGCAACUACAUAUUAAAGCUCCAGGUUAAUCCCAAAUUCUUGGUGCUGGAAUCAGACUUUACCAACAAUGUGGUCAGGUGUAACAUUCACUAUACAGGACGGGCUGUUAGAACAACCAACUGCAAGCUAGCACAGUCUUGAACAGGCACUGGAUGCCAGGCUGCCAAACUAGAGUGACCGUGAUCGCUAUUCCAUUGAAAUGUGAAUGGAAUCCAUUUAUUGUUGGUUUGUUGUUGCUGGUGUUGUUUGUCUCUAUUAUCUUGUGCUGUUUUUGGUAUCUUGGACCUGAGAAGAAUGUGGUUAACUAGCGUUAUGAGACACACGUGUGUGUGUGUGUGUGUGUACACCACAUACACACAGGUUCAUGUGAAAGUCAGUGCAGCGGACACUGCAUUGACUUUCAUUAAUUACGAGAGCCUAAACAAAGCGUUAUCCCUAAUUUUAUUCAUAAAUAGGUAAUGCCUUAACCUAACCUUAACCUAACCACAAUUCAAAUGUUAGCCCUAAACGUCCUCAGAAAUGAGGUUCUGCCUCAUUUGGACCAGGGUUUGGUCUCAAUGAGGACUGGUCCUGGCAAGGUCAGUGUUUAUGCCAGAAAUGUCCUAAAGGAGUAACAAAUACAAACACACAUAAAGCGUUAUGUAAUCCAUACUUCUAAUUGAUAUUCUAAUGAUAUACUAAUAAGUAACAGUUUGUUUUAAUUGUGUCCAAACAACUAUAUUUCUUGUGUGUAAUUUCUUUUUAAGAGAUUUUUUUUUGCUGUGCUGAAUAUGUGACCUUAGGUAGGUUAGGGUUCAUCAAGAAUACAACAAAUAAAAUUAGGGGCUAAGUCCCAAGUGCAUCCAGUCAUGCAGGAUGAGGGCAGACAGACAUGCCCAGUGGCAUCUCCACUGCUUCAGUGGGUCAGGCUGAGAUGCUGUGAUUCUCUAAACACAUCCUGUUAAAUGUUGUGUUCUCAGCAAGAAGAAAAAACAAGGUCCUUUUUUUUUUUCCUCCAUUUUUCAGCUCCAUCAAACUUUAAGUCAGCAGGAAGACAGAUACUGUCAGUGCUGCAUACCCCCGUGCAUCCUUUCUCGUUUUAGUCAAACAUGAACAAGAAGCUCAACUCAACUAGAAAAGGCGAAAACAAGACAAGUAUUUUACCUCUGUGUUCAACUAACAACACCGGUCAGAUGGCAUAUAAGGCAUCUAUACCUUUUCAAGAGCAAAUAUACAAAUAUUCCACUGUUGCAUGACUUUAAUAGUGGAGAUUAUUUUGUUUGUACUGUGUUUAUCCAUUCUGACCUUUAUUAUAACUUGAAAUGUAAUGAAAUUAUAUAUUUUUUUUCUUGAUAAUCUGAAUAAUUCAAAAAAAAACUACUGCUACAGACUUGCUAUUAAUGCAGAGUGCCAGAAAGAUGUCUAUACCUACCUCUCUGAGUGGGCUGUUUGUUUUUGAUAACUGCGUAGUUUCCAUUUGAAUGCCUGCGGUGGCUGGCUGUGACUCUGAAAUCUCCAUUUACCACGCAUAUUCAAGGAUGAAAGACAAUCAUUUAGUGACGUUCUUUAAAUGUAAACAUUAUACUCCUUAAAGAUUUCAGACCUGAAGAUAAAUCAAAACAACAUAAAUACAGUAAAAUGAAAUAAAGCAAAGAGUGAAUUAUAGUCUGUCUUCUAUCAUGGCGGGAGCAACAACAGAGUGAUGGAACAUAUAGUUUCCACACAACAUUGGGCACAGUAACAGGAGUUGUAUUAUCAGUUGCCUGUGACUCUUCUCCUCUCUGCAUUGUUCUUUCUUGUUUUAUUCCUCUGGAAAUGCCCAUUGCCCUGAUUUCAACUGUAUUGGUGCUGCAUGUCUAUAAGAACCAAAAUGAGUAAAGUUGGAAAUAUUAACCCAUGCCCCUGAUGAUAAAAACAACUAGUUAAUGACUGAAAGUGAAUAAAUUAAUUGCUUAUGCUAACAAUGAAUAGCAGAAACAACUGAAGCAGCACUUGUCCACGAAUACUGUGAAUCAAACCCAUACCCACAAUAUUUUUUCCCACCAUUCAAUUUUUGUUUGUUUCUUUGUUUUUGAAAAGACUGUCUGUUUUAAAUGACUGUUUGCAAUAAGCCUAAAAAUGCAGGUCUUUCAUAUUGUACUGUAAAUAGGCAGCUCUUUAAUUUGGCCCACUCUAGCGGAUUACACUGUAAAAAUGCAUCAAUGUGUGAUUUUGACAUUCGGUGGAACAAACAAAUGAAAGGAGACAGUUGCGCAGCAUCCUUGACAUGGUGAUGAAAUUUGUAACAUUGAACACCUGUCAACGUGUCAUAUAGCUCUCAAUAAAUACCUUUACACGUCAGCUGUUUGCUCAGAACUGAAGAUGGAUGCAAGGCUUCGCUCUGGUCCUCUGCAUAUGAGACCAUAUCUGAAGCGUUAUAUAAAAUACAUACUGUAUAAGUGCCUCCAAAGGAAAUGCCAUAUGACAAGUGUGAUAACUUAUUGAAAUCAUCCCCCUUAUAAAAGCAUAGGGGUGGGGCCUAUAUGUUUAAUGCAUUAAGGGAAUUUCCCAGGUAUUGUAUGUGAUUGUGUAAUGCAUUAUUCAGGCAGGGAUGCAAAUCUGACCUUCACAAAUACAGAAAACCACACACUUCCUAUACAAUAAGCUGCUUACCAACACCAAGCAGUGACUGCAGCAAUGGCGGAGUGACACCACUGUGCAUACAUAAGCCGGUCUGACUAGUUUUCAUGCUCUUGAUGAGAUUCCACAAUCUGUCAAGUUGAGAUAUAUGUGAAGAGACACUGAGAAAUAAUAAUAAGACUGGAUUUUAUUUCCUUUAUUGCCUCACACCAUCACCACACAGCCAAAGACACAUUCAUUCUCGGUUCACGCUCUUUGAUUUCUGGCAUCUUAAACAGACAAGUCACGUACAACGUGACACUGUGUUGAAACAAUGACGGAUGCAGGAUGAUGAAAUGUUAUCUGAGCUUGUGUUUGCUUCAUUUGCAGUCGUGCAUUGUGCAUUUCUCCAGAUAAUGUAUGUUGUGAUUCAGCGCUAUACAAAUAAAAUUGAACUGAACUGA